UUUGUCGUGAUGGAACGUUCGUAUGUGUUCCGUUGCCUUACAUUGGUUAACUUCGCGCGGGAAGUACGCGUAUUUGCAUCUAACGAACUAGGUUAUUUAAGCUGUGCUGUUAUGGCAGUAAACCGGCUGUCGAACUACGCUCUUCUUGCUCUACAUUUUACCGUAUUUUCGGGCGAAUAAUCGUCAUGUUAUCUGUACAAAAACGUGAAAUAUAUCAUUGAUGAAAUAUGCCGCGAACUAUUUACGUUUUUUCUAUCCCAUGGGAAUUAAACAUAAGCACUUAUGUUUGUUAUGUGUUUCGAAGAAUGUCGCUAAUUCGAAUACUCUCAUCUUUAACUGUUUGUAAAGCGACUCGUUCUGUAACUAUUCAGAUCGGUAAAGGAUUAUAUCAGCUGCUGUUUAAUGAAACGCUGUUUAUAUAAAUUGCUAUGAAAGGCAGAAAGGGUUCCUUUGUUUUUAUCUCACCAGCUUGGCAACAACAGAAUUUACUUUCUGCAUGUUCAAUCGUUGGCUUCUUAGGCAAAUAUUUGUCGUAUACGGAUGGCAGUAAAUGCGUACAACUUUUGCUCUAUUCAGGCUGUAUACAACGUUCUAUUUUUAAUCGGUGUUGAUUUCAAAAUUAAAAGGAAAAAAUCGCAUUCGGAAACUGAAUAUAUUCGACUUCCGGAGGUGGCAAUAUGGACAAUACAUUUAUUUAGUGCGUUUUCUGUUCAAUCUUAAUACGAUAUAAACUGAUGUGCUUUAUUUCAUACGGAUAAAAAGGACACAUAAAUUUUCCCUGCAGUGGUUUCUUUCAUUGUUUUUUAUGGAAAGUCGUUUGUUAUUCACAUAUAUGAACAUAACUGCUAAUAACUUUAAUACUAUUAGCACGAGUAGUUGAAAGAGAAACUGCAGGAGAACUGAGGGGAAAACAGUGGUCACACCUACUGUGAAUGUCAACACCAGCAAUGGCGUCAUUGGUUGACCUUGGAAAGCGCCUCCUCGAGGCAUCCAAGAAAGGUCAGGCUGACGAAGUGAGCAUGCUGAUGUCAUCUGGGGCUCCUUUCACAACUGACUGGCUUGGUACUUCACCACUGCAUCUUGCGGCCCAGUACGGGCACACUACCACAGCAGAAGUGCUAUUAAGAGCUGGAGUUAGCCGAGAUGCGAGGACCAAGGUUGACAGAACACCUAUUCAUUUGGCUGCACAACAUGGGCAUCUUGACAUUGUUGAUUUACUUAUUGCUGGUGGAGCUAGUGUGAAUCAUACUGACAUGUUAAACAUGACACCCUUACACUGGGCAUGCGACUCUGGCCAUAUCGAAAUUGUUAGGCUCCUGCUCAGAAACGGUGCGAGAAUGGACAUUGAAAGCAAGUUCAAACACACGCCCAUCGACAUAGCGAAGCAGAAAGGCUUCAGUGAUAUUGUUGUUGCACUUCUGGAAGAAGAGGCCUCAGAUCGGAGUCGGGGAAUAAAAAGACAGAGUCAAACCAGCCUGACACUUGGCUCUAUAAAGAAACGGCAAAAAACUCGAAAAUUUCCAAUGACUGCUGGGUCAUGGACCGGAGUUCACGAUCCAGGCAGUGGGCAGAACGUUCAAGUAUUAAGAACCCACUCGGAUUCAAUGGCGCCUCUGGUCUCGGCUGCUGCUUUAGCAAGUUCCGAAGAGAAAAAUACAAAAAGUUUGAAGCAAGGAACAACCUCGUCCCAGGACUCCAGUGUGUUGGACGCUCUCGCAACUCUGGCGACCGCUACUUUACAUCAAACAACGUGUAUACCCUCGACCCCUACCAACUCCAUCGCGAUGGCAAUGUCGGCUGUUGGGAGACAAGGCGUCACCUUGUCCCCUUUGACGAUACCCCCGAACACACCCAGUCAGGUACUGAGCAACAUCACUCCAAUAACACCACCCAUGUGGGGAAACGUGCCCCCACUCCAGUCUCCCCUGGCCGCCCUCUCGACUAUAUCAGCGCUAUCCCAACCCGCGCAACCUUCACCUCUGAACAUUCCCAUGCACCAACUUCCCUUCGCCGUGCCAAUCGGGUUCAACAGCCAGUCAGGCAGUGCGACUGGUAACCAGCUGAUCAUCACUCAAGUUCCUAUCGCAGGCCAUCAGAAUGUUACGGCGCCUAGCGCCCAGUCUACCGUUACGGUUUCCUCGAUAACAGGCUCAGCUGUUUCUUCUGUUGUCGAUCAAUCUGCAUCCUCGAGCGAUGCAACACAAUCCAACACUCAAACGACAACGUAUCUUCUACCCAUCAUGGGAGGUCCUUCUGGACAAGGUCACCUCUUUAUCACCGCCCCUGACGGAACGCCACAACUGGUCGUCGACAGCGCUCAUUUAAACCAACAACAAUCCAAUGUCGAAACCACAACGUCGGAAAAACCAGCUACGCAACAGGACGGCGUAUUUCAAGUGCAGCUCUCUCCAGCCAUACUUCAACAACUCAGUCAAACAUCGUUGGAUAUUCAAUCUCCUCGGCCCAAUGUUGUACACAGCAUUCUGACACAACCUUUGCAUAUCGCCGGGCAAGUACCAGGUCAGCUACCGCAAAUUCAAAUGGCGCUGGCUCAAGUUCUUCCCAAUCAAUCCGAGGCUCAGAACCAGCCUCCGACGAACGCGCAGAGCACGCCGCCUCAAGUUCUGAUCCAAGCCGUACCAUUGUCCACGCCCCAACGGCAAGAAUUGCAGGCACAAACCACACAACAAGGAGCCGAACCAAUCGCAACGUCACAUCAACAACUGUUACAGCAGUUACUACAAGGUCAAGGGAGCCCGCAGGUCAAUGUACCAGAGGCCACACAAACGUCUGUUACGUCGACUCAAGCAAACAGUCAACCGACACAACUUAGUUCCCAGCUCCCCGCAACAGCAGCUCUACAAAAUUUACUCACUCAAAACUUACAAGGUGUAAGUAACCCCCAGUCCCCCGCUCAGGCGCCUCAGCAACAAAAGGUAUUCGUGGAUCUUCAGAAGAUCGUUCAGACCCAGGAACGCGAGUUGCGCGCGCGCCGGGAACUGGAGGAGAGACUCGAACAGGCCCAUCGAGAUAGUCGCAAAUUUCAAACGGAACUACAUCAGGCUCAGAAAGAGGCAGAGUCUUAUAAGGACCGUCUCCAGGCUAUUAAGGAAAAAGAUAGCGACGAUGAGCCCGCUGUUGGUAAUGUCAGUGGUGUACCGUCUGGCGGACAGUUUGCGCGGCAACUGUUUAUGCAAUCUGAAGGUCUUGAGGAAUUGAGCACGAUGACCGCUGACGCCGUAGACAUGCUCAGUCAGGUGGCUCAAGAGAGCACCGCGGUGACACAGGUGGAAGUUGAUGAAACCGUGGUGGACGAAGGGGAUAUUACAUGUACAUAGGGGAUGAUAGUACGAAUGACUACAAGACGAGAAAGUACAUGUUCUUAUUGACAAAAUAACACAUGUACACGGGGGCGAAUGUGAAUUAAUAAACAUGUACGUAGGAAUGACCAGAUUUUAAAUAUUUUAAAUUAUAUAAUAUUUUAGUGUAUUUUACGGUAGUGGGAAUCGCCUAGAAUAGUUAGAAAGUAAUAGUGAGAAGACAUAGUUCUUGUCCAGAUGUUUCACUGCUAUUUUUGUCGUAGACAAACUUUUCUGAGGGUGCAUAUAUUAAUAUAAUCGCUUUGUCGAGGACUGAACUGCAAGUUGUUUUACAAUCUGUGUGGUGCACCCUCAUUGGUCGUACAUAUUUUAGUAUAGUGUAAUAUUGUAGAAACUGUUCAGUAUAGUUACUGCCAGGAAUCGGUACCAAGGACAAACUGAAAACAAUGUAACAUUUUCGUAUAUUUUUCUAAUGCAUGCCUCCAGCUAUGGGCCAUUCUUGUUCCAGCAAAGAAUGAUAUAAAAUGACCCACAACUCAAAACACCAUUUUGAGUAGAAUUCCAAAUUUCGUUUCAAAAAUGUGCAAAAUGCACUACGUGCGAAAUAUAUAUAAUUGAAGUACGCAUUUCACAUUUGCAAGCAGUUUGUCUUGAUGCUACCCUGGGGAUAACUAUGCAACAGACAGUUCUUUGCUAGCGUGGUAGUGGAAACAUUGACAUGCAGAUUUGAGAUGGUCGAGCAAUACUUGAAGUGGCCAUCUGUGGAAUAAAUAAUUGCCUAUAGUAUUCAGUUAAUUACUGUAGGGCCAUACGAUUUAGAACGGCAACACCAAUGGCUCAGCUGGCGUAUAAUGAAUCAUUAAAAAAAUCAUAUCACACUGCACAAAAUCGCAUGCUUGUUCCAAACAUGUUGACCGUGCAGUCUUCUUGUACUUUGCCAAAUCGCUAUGGAUUAUAAUAAAUCCAAAUCCAUACGAUAAGAUUUAUUUUGUGGUAUUUGUGUGAAAAAAGGUUUUGCCGUCUUUGUCGGUUGCCAUUUUAGAUCGCAAGGUUUAUUUCAUUUCAACUUUUAGAAGUCAUCUCAUUGUGGCGGUACUGUAAAUUGAUAUGGUAUUAUUGUAUGAUGAAAAUAAUUGUUUUAGUAAAGGGUGAGGUGCAGUGAAUGAA